AUGGUGGCCCUCGCCAACGCCCCGCCCGCCUUCACCCCCACCCUCCGGCACCAGCUCCUGCGGCAGCUGCUCACAUCGGACAUGUGGGUCCUCCUCAAGGAGCCGCCCAGGAGGCCCGCCGGCGCCGCCGCCGAUGCCGAGGAGAUGGAGUACCGGCUGCUCGAGCUCGACCUGGCCCACACGACACGCACCACCGUGCCCGCCUUCACCUCCGAGGCCCGAGCCGAGGAGGCCGUCGAGACCGCUGGCUUUGGCAGCGUCGAAGGCGUCGCCGUGCCCGGCCUGCAGGACUUCAAGAAGGCGGGGGCGGUGACGGACCUAAUGGUGAACCCGUUCUCGCGCUACGGCAAGCGGAUCGCGUGGGAGGAGCUCGAGUGGCUCGCCGCCAACGGACGCCAGCUGCUCCAGUGGACCCCGACGCCGCGCGAGCCCACCCUGCGCGCCGUCGAGAUCACCAGCAGCGACCUCCCGCCCCUGCCCGACCACGUCGAGAGCCCCGUACGCGACCCCUUCCGCGCCUUCGUGCGACCAACCACCACCCCCGCUGCCCAGUCGACGUAG